AUGAUUAUGGAACUAUUUAGAAAAAGAAGAAUGAUUGGAGAAAGAUUUACAGGGAUAAUACUUCCAUUUGUCAUACACCAACUAAAUGCAAAGACUCGAGGACUAGGUCAUCUCAAGGCUAAAGCAUCAGCUGAUUGGAGUGGGGAAGUGAAAAAUGCUAACAAAGAGGAUGAAAGACAUGUGGUCAAAACUCUCACACAUGAGUGUACAUGUCUGCAAUGGCAGCACACGGGCAAGCCUUGCGACCAUGCACUAGCCUUCAUAAAUGUCUUGCAAGCUCGCAACUUUGUUAACAUGGAGGACUAUGUACAUGAGUACUACUCAGUUAGCAGAUUUAGGGCAGCAUAUGAAGGUGUAAUUGAGCCCCUUACGGACAAGAAUCAAUGGCCACACGUGGACACAGGCUUUGUGUUGCGUCCACCAAUUCCAAUAGGCAAGAAGAAAGGUGCUGGAAGAACAAGAAAACAGAGGAUAAAGAGUUGGUGGGAAGGUGGAUCAAGGAAAGGAUCCUUGAACAAAUGCAAAAAAUGUGGGGAGAUAGGACAUAGAGAAGCUGGUUGUCCUCAAAAUGGAACAAAGAAAAGGAAAAGUAGGGGGAAAAAGAAUCCAUCUCCAUGGUUUGAUGUUUCCGUUAGCAAUGCCGUUCCAUCUACACCAACCAAGAGCAAGAAUGAUGCCACUUGUAGCAGUCCUGGAGCUGUCACAAGAAGCCAAGCUGCAGCUCAAGCUAGUCCUGGACCUGUCACAAGGAGCCAAGCUGCUACCCCACCACCAAAACCUCCAGCAAAAGGAAAGAAGAAGAAAAUGACACCUAAGAGGAAGAAAUUAAGCGACCUCUGAGCUUGUUUGUGGCUGUGAUGAACUUGGCUGUUAGUGGAGACUCACUUUUAUUGUUGUGUAUGUGAGAUGCAAACUCACUUUUAUUUGCUCUGUAAGUGAGGUAGAGACUCACUUUUAUUUCCUAUGUAUGUGAGGUAAAGACUCACUUAUUUUGCUGUCAUGAAGUCCUGUAGAACAUGGCUGAAUUAUUCUCUAUGCUAUCAUUGAAUCA